UUGCGUGGUUUGCCUGUGGUAAGGUUCAAGUUCAAUAUGGCGGCUAGUGUUGAUGUUGACAUCCAAGUGAAUUUUUCUGUGAGCGCGGUUCUCCCAGCCGCCGGGAGUGGAACAAGGAUGGGUCUGAACACUCCAAAACAGUUUUGCAGAGUGUUGGGAAAGCCAUUGAUCAGCUACACUAUCGAGGCUUUUGAAAGAGUUUCUUGGAUAAAAGAAGUCAUUGUUGUAAUUUCAAAGGACAAACUGGUUUAUAUGGAAGAUAUUAUAGAAGAAUUCAAACACAACAAAGUAAGAAUUGUUGAAGGCGGCACAACAAGGCACAGAUCAAUAUGCAAUGGAAUAAAAGGUUUGGUCUGUGAUGGCAGAAACCCCCCUGAAGUGGUCAUUAUUCAUGAUGGAGCAAGGCCCUUAGUACAAGAAACUUUACUCAGAGAUGUUGCAAUGGCUGCAAAACACCAUGGGGCAGCAGGUGCUGUCCGACCUCUUGUCUCUACCAUCGUCUCCACGUCAGAAGAUGGCUUUCUUGACCACUCCUUAGAAAGAUCAAAAUACAGAGCAAGUGAGAUGCCUCAGGCAUUCCUUUUUACCGUUAUAGACAAUGCUUACAAUAAGUGCACAGAGUAUGAUUUUGAACAUGGGACAGAAUGUCUCCACCUUGCUCUUACAUAUUCACAAACCAGAGCUAAACUAAUCAAUGGACCAAGCUCAUUAUGGAAGGUCACACACCAGAAAGACUUAUAUGCAUUUGAAGCAAUUUUAAAAGAUAAUACGUCUAGAAAAAUUAUAUUCUUGGGUAAAAAUAACAGCAGCAUACAAGAUACAAUAGAAAAGAAGCUGUGUAUGAGAAACAUUGAGAUCAUUUAUGUUGAUAGCCAGUGCAGUCCGUGGCAGAGGGAAACUGCGUCAUUUAUUUCAAGUACAGUGUGCAAUAUCAUAAAUCAUGAUAUUCACGAUGCAGAUAGUUACAACCUCUCGUGUGAAGCCUUUAGGGAGAUGAGUAAAAGUAAUCCUACUUGCCAGCAAGUCUUAUUGACGGUAUCAUUAGCGAAGGACCCUGAGAAGGUUACACGUCUUAAGAAACUCACUCAAGAUCUCCACUGUCGAGUGUCACGCACCUGUAUUAUAUGCAUUGGGAUAUUUGUCCUUCUCCCAGGCUUGGGUCAAUUAGAACCGAGCCAAUGCGAUGAAUUAGCAGAGCUGGUUUUGGAUACUUGUUUGAAUGCAAAGCUAAUUUAUAGUGGUCAGGUAUUCGAGUUGGACUUCAGUUAGGGAAAGUACUUUUCAGUUCAAUACAUCUGGAAUAGGUAUGUUACUUGACAUUAAGAUGUACACUUAGUUUCUUUUUGCUCCGGAGACCCAGUGUUCUUUGCGUGCUCGGAGAUCCAGUGGUCUUUGCGUGCUCGGAGAUCCAGUGGUCUUUGCGAGCUCGGAGAUCAGUGGUCUUUGCGUGCUCGAAGAUCCAGUGGUCUUUGCUUGCUCGGAGAUCCAGUGGUCUUUGCGUGCUCGGAAAUCCAGUGUUCUUGGCGUGCUCGGAGAUCCAGUGGUCUUUGCGUGCUCGGAGAUCCAGUGGUCUUUGCGUGCUCGGAGAUCCAGUGGUCUUUGCGUGCUCGGAGAUCAGUGGUCUUUGCGUGCUUGGAGAUCCAGUGUUCUUUGCGUGCUCGGAGAUCCAGUGUUCUUUGCGUGCUUGGAGAUCUAGUGUUCUUUGCGUGCUCGGAGAUCCAGUGUUCUUUGCGUGCUCGGAGAUCCAGUGUUCUUUGCGUGCUCGGAGAUCUAGAGUUCUUUGCGUGCUUGGAGAUCCAGUGGUCUUUGCGUGCUCGGAGAUCAGUGGUCUUUGCGUGCUUGGAGAUCCAGUGUUCUUUGCGUGCUCGGAGAUCUAGUGUUCUUUGCGUGCUUGGAGAUCAAGUGGUCUUUCCGUGCUCGGAGAUCCAGUGUUCUUUGCGUGCUCGGAGAUCCAGUGGUCUUUGCGUGCUUGGAGAUCCAGUGUUCUUUGCGUGCUCGGAGAUCCAGUGUUCUUUGCGUGCUCGGAGAUCAGUAUUCUUUGCGUGCUCGGAGAUCCAGUGGUCUUUGCGUGCUCGUUGACCCAGUGUUCUUUGCGUGCUCGGAGAUCCAGUGUUCUACGCGUGACCAACCAAAUCCCCUGAGCCCAAUCCCCUAUCCCUACACAAGGAUAUGUAAUAUAAAGGACGGCUCUAAAAACAGUAAUGGCUGCACUGGCAAAUAAAGUAAAAACAAUACGCCAACUCAUUUUAAUGACUUUCAUAAAAAGGUGGAGUUAAUUAUUUUUGAUAUCUAAGCCGAAAUUAUUCAAAUGCAAAUAAAUAUCAGUUUGUCUGUAUUUUUAUUAAAAUAAUUCUUUGUUGUA